AUGGACAACGAAUCGGGGCUAGAUCUGCAAGCAAUCUGCGAAUAUAUGGUUGGAGUUGCUCGCAACGCUGGAGAGAUCCUCAGCGCAUCUAUGAGCAGCCCUCAAGCCUUUACCGUGAAGAAAAACACUGCAGACAUUGUCACUGAGACUGACAAAAGGGUCGAAGACUUUAUACAUGAUCAACUCGUCGCGAGAUAUGCCAGCUUCCACUUCCUCGGCGAGGAGACGCAUAAGACCGGCAGUGCGAUAACAGACCACCCGACCUUUAUCGUGGACCCGAUUGAUGGUACCUCAAAUUUCGUGCACGGAAUACCCGACGUAUGCGUCUCUAUCGGACUUGCUGUGGGUCGAGAGCCUAUGGUUGGCGUAGUCUACAAUCCGAUUCACGAGGAGCUCUGGUGGGCGUCAAAAGGGCAGGGUGCGUUCUGUAGACGGUCGAACGGCCCGACUCGGAAACUGCCCUUCAGCUCGCCGCCAUUGGAAGGUCUUGGGCCGGCAUGCAUUGGGAUAGAAUGGGGCUCUGACCGGGAAGGCCCCAAUUUUGAGCUCAACGCCAAAGUCUUCAUGACCUUAGCCAGGACUACAGCUACCGGAGGAAAGUUCACGAACUCUCUACGCUGUACUGGUUCGGCGGCGAUCACCAUCUGCAGGGUUGCUGCCGGACAGCAAGAUGCUUUCUGGGAGUGCGGUUGCUGGGCGUGGGAUGUCACCGCCGCCUGGUGUAUCCUGGCCGAAGCGGGCGGCAUAAUGGUUGAUGGCCACCCCGGGAACUGGUCGCCUCCAAUUGACAAUCGGCGAUAUCUAGCGGUUAGGCCAGCGGAAAACGGGCAUGCACCGUUCAUUGAAGAGUUUUGGUCGAUCAUUGGUGACAAGAGGUCGACAUACGGGCCUUAG